UGUGCGCUGUGCUCCGUGGCUAACAGAUAAGCUAACAAGCUAACACCUCAGCGGUGAAAAUACCAGGACCCGUUGACCAAACAAGACGCCUCGACAGCUACUUUGACACUUUGAAUCUAAUAUGGGAAAAGGUGGAGGUACAUUUGAAAGGCUUCUGGAUAAAGCCACCAGUCAGCUGCUGCUGGAGACUGACUGGGAAUCCAUCCUGCAGAUCUGUGAUCUCAUUCGACAAGGAGACACACAAGCUAAAUAUGCCAUUGGGGCCAUCAAGAAGAAGCUGAAUGACAAAAAUCCACAUGUGGCCCUCUAUGCACUUGAGGUCCUGGAGUCAGUGGUGAAGAACUGUGGCCAAACAGUCCACGAUGAGGUGGCCAGUAAACAAACUAUGGAGGAACUGAAGGAUUUACUGAAGAAACAGACAGAGCCAAAUGUCAGAAACAAGAUCCUUUACCUGAUCCAGGCCUGGGCUCACGCCUUCCGCAACGAACCCAAAUACAAGGUGGUCCAAGACACAUACCAGAUCAUGAAAGUGGAAGGUCAUGUGUUCCCUGAGUUUAAGGAGAGUGAUGCAAUGUUUGCAGCUGAGAGGGCCCCAGACUGGGUUGAUGCUGAGGAGUGCCACCGGUGCAGAGUCCAGUUUGGAGUAAUGACAAGAAAGCACCAUUGUCGAGCCUGCGGCCAGAUUUUCUGUGGCAAGUGUUCGUCUAAGUACUCCACCAUUCCCAAGUUUGGCAUUGAGAAAGAAGUUCGUGUGUGCGAGCCGUGCUUUGAGCUGCUGAACAACCACCCCUCCCUCUCUCCUCCUCUUAGGAAAGCCGAAGGAAAAGCCCCUGCCCAGGGCACCGCCGAGCUGCCUCCUGAGUACCUGACCAGCCCACUGUCCCAGCAGUCACAGAUGCCCCCCAAGAGAGAUGAGGCAGCAUUGCAGGAGGAGGAGGAGCUGCAGCUGGCCAUUGCCCUUUCUCAAAGCGAGGCUGAGGAGAAGGAGCGAAUGAGGCAAAAGAACUCCUACUCCAUGUAUCCAAAAGCUGAUCCCACUCCAGUGACUUCUUCAGCACCCCCAGUCAGCACUCUCUACACUUCCCCUGUGAACUCCUCUGCUCCAUCAGCUGAAGAUGUAGACCCUGAGCUGGCCCGUUACCUGAACAGAACAUACUGGGAGAAGAAACAGGAAGAGGCUCGCAAGAGUCCCACCCCGUCAGCCCCUGCCCCUGUGCCAUUGGCUGAGCCCCUUCCGCCAAUCAGUCAGCCUAUAGAAACUCAUGUUCCUGUUCAGCCUGUCAGCAUAGUGGAGCAGCAGUACCAGAACGGGGAAUCGGAGGAGAACCAUGAACAGUUUCUGAAGGCUCUGCAGAAUGCUGUCACCACCUUCCUUAACCGCAUGAAAAGCAACCACAUGCGUGGGCGCAGCAUCACCAACGACAGCGCUGUGCUCUCACUCUUCCAGUCCAUCAACAACAUGCAUCCACAGCUGUUGGACAUCCUCAACCAGCUAGAUGAGAAGCGAUUGUACUACGAGGGGCUGCAGGACAAGUUGGCUCAAGUGCGCGAUGCUCGGGCAGCCCUCAACGCACUUCGGGACGAGCACAGAGAGAAGCUGCGUCGUGCCGCAGAGGAGGCAGAGAGACAAAGGCAGAUCCAGCUGGCACAAAAACUGGAGAUUAUGAGGCAGAAGAAACAGGAGUACCUGGAGAUGCAAAGACAGCUGGCAAUCCAGCGCCUCCAGGAGCAGGAGAAGGAAAGGCAGAUGCGUCUGGAGCAGCAGAAGCACACAAUCCAGAUGAGAGCCCAAAUGCCUGCUUUCUCUCUGCCCUACGCCCAGAUGCAGUCUUUGCCCCCAAAUGUGGCGGGAGGGGUGGUGUACCAGCCAGGUGCUCCACCAAGCUACCCAGGCACCUUCAGCCCUGCUGGUUCUGUGGAGGGUUCACCUAUGCACAACAUCUAUAUGAACCAGCCAGGGCAGACUGCACCUCCACAGUACCAGGCUAUGCCCAGCGCUGCCCCAGAUCCCAAUAUGGUUAAUGCAUACAUGUACCAGGCUGCAGGCACCAAUGGGCAGCCUGCGCCUCCUCCUGGUCAGGCUCCGCCCACUACUAGUCCAUCGUACUCCAACUAUCAGCCCACGCCCACACAGGGCUACCAGAACGUGGUCUCUCAGGCCCAGAGUAUGCCCCCCAUGUCCCAGGCUGCACCCACUAACGGUAUGGGUUACAUGGGCUACCAGCCGUACAACAUGCAGAACAUGAUUUCAGCAUUGCCAGGACAGGACCCCAAUAUGCCCCCCCAACAGCAGUACAUGCCAGGCCAGCCGCCUAUGUACCAACAGGUGGCUCCCCCUGGUGGCCCGCAGCAACAGCAGCAGCAGCAGCAGCAACAACAACAGCAGCAACAGCAGCAACAGCAGCAGGUCCCUCAGGUUGCGCCCGGCAGUGCAGAGGCACAGCUCAUCUCUUUUGACUGAAGUCCGCACGUUGCAGGGUCUGACACACUACACCCUCUCUCCUCCUUUGGUCUUUCCCCUCACUCUCCGGACUCUCUGCCCUCCUGAAACACACACACACACACACACACACACACACACACCUCUCCCACCUUCCACCUUGCUGUGAUGUUGUGGCAAUGUAAAAUAUUGUGAUGAUGUUGCAGAACUGUUGCUCUCCUUGCCUCUCCCCUGCUGAAGUACGGGAAUGCGGGGUGAAGCUGCUAAAGAGGGCACCAUAACCCAGACCCUUUCACCCUCUUCCUCCCUCUUUCCAGCUGAUAUGUAUGUAGUAUUUCCUUAUUAAAUGAAUUACUGAAGCUCAGAAAUAGUCAGUGGUAUUAAAGUUUAAAAAAAUGAAUAAGAAAAUAUGAUAAUAAUUGAGAAGAAAAAAAAGACAAGACAUAACCAUCCUUUGUCUCAUAUUUUUCUAAAGCAAAAUUUGCAUGUUAAAUUUUCAUUAUUUUCUGGAAUGGAAGUGAAUUAUUGCAACGUAUCCCAAUUGAGAGGCAUCUGUACGUGCUGUUUAAGAGACUGUGGGUGUGAGGGUAAAGAGUGAGGAAGCACAAAGGUCUGAAAUAAAUGGCAUCAACUCACAUCUCUGUCAGGUUCACAGCUGGCCAUUCCAGUUAUAGUUUCCAAUUCCAUCCCUUCUCACACGUAGACAAACGAGGGUCAUCUUUUCUUGUUUUGACAUUUAUUUGUUGUGCACUGCUGGAAUGUCGAGUGUCUUAAUGUAGUUUCUUAAAUGAUGCAAUGCAUUGCAGGGAUUGUACAUUAUGGGAGGAGUUUCAGAUGAUUAGCUGGGUGGUUGUUUAACCCUCAAUAAAUACGCUUUCAUAAACUAAAUCAUGACAGUGACACAACUAGUGACCAUAAACUCCACAUAAUAAAGCAGUACAGCAACUCUUAUAACGUCCCGCAUCUCUUUUUUAAAAUUGUUUGUGUUGUUGCUGAUGAAGCACCAACACAAUAUGAGACUGAAACAUCAGACCUUAACCCAUAAUUAACCACAAAUAGCCUUCAGGCACCCCAUCCCAUGUGCAUUUGGUUGCAACUGUCACAGAUGAGGACUUUGACACAGUGAGUGCAGGUUGGGACUCUUCUUAAAUGUACUCGGCUCUUCCGAAAUGUGGAAAUGCUUGCAGAGCGAACAUUACGUGCCGCAUGUAUGUACCCAAUCAGUGAUUUCUGUAACCCUUCAGUUGCCAUCUGUGAAAUUCUUUACUCCAUCAUACUGAUCUGUCUGACUUUAAAAAGUAAUUUUAAAAUUAUAUUUAAUAAAUAUCUGGUUCUUACUGUCAA